AUGCAGCGCGAGUCUUUGUCGAGGCUGGACAUUCGAGAGUCUGUCAACACCCAGCAGAGUCUGCGUGAAUGCUUGGAAAAUCUCAAGAUAGACAACGUCUCAGAGUUGUCAAAGUUCAGGCAGGAGGAGAUCCGUGAGCUGGACCUGCCGUCAGAAGCCAAACAGUCUCUGCUGUCAUUGCAUGCCCAUUGCAUGGACGAGAACACGACUCUCAAGGAUCUGUUAGAAAGUCUUGAGCAGGAGGACUCACAAGAUGCCAAGUUUCGCAUUUUGCGCUCGCGAGAGUUGAGAAAUGUUCAGCAGAGUCACACAAUCAGGCGUCUGUCGGACCUCUCGCUGUCAAGCAAGGAGCAUGCUCUCCUCAGCGAUCGGGGGCAUCUCGGCCUCUCAGCCCAGCGCGAGGACCUCGGGAAAGAGAAGUCGAUCCCUCGUCGACCUCCCCGACUGGUUCCUCCAACCUCUUCUUCUGCUCUUGCGCCCUGA